UUGGUGGUCGUAGACGUGUUUAAAACUGAGCCCUCUUCGUUCGGCACGUACACGGUUUUUUCUUUCCCUUUGCGCGCAUCUUGCCCCCCGGCCGAGUAAAAACGUAUAAAACGUUUUUUUCCCGGUUCCUCCGGCAAGCGCGCGCGAGAACGGAGCGGCGGGCGGCUCGUGAACCGAUUCCGGGGGGGACGGAACGGAAACCCGGCUACGAGAACUACUCUCUGGGAGUUGUUGUCCACGAGCUCCGGAGCGGAGACCGGCCUGCCCGUCGACGGAGACGGGCAGCGAGAGAGAGAGAGAGAGAGAGACGUUACUGCAGAUCUCUUAUACGAACGCGAAAGACAGCCAAGUUCUCUCGGCGGUGUUCUCGUUCACGCGCGAUUCGACUCCUGGUGGCGCGACGAGAGCUCGACCGGUUCGAGAACGGUGCGCACUUACGUUUCUCUUGUACAUUCGGCGAGCCCUGUAUCCGUCGCACACAUCGAGAAGAAGCGGCACGUUGAAGUGCGCGGGAGCCUCUAAUCGGCGUUUAUACGCAAUUCAGAGGCGUCGUUGAUUGAGUAGCGAAAAUCUCGGACCGGAUGUUGAUAUCUGCAUACUUAUAUAUGACAACACACUCCGACCUCACGAAAGAUCAGUGAAACGUGCCGUGACCUAAGUGUCCCGACGUCAACAAGGAGCAGAAGGCUUGUACGUAUCUGUGGCUCUCUGGAGAUCGGCGAAGAACGCCAGUAUCGGGUCGCUAUGAUGGAGUCGCUCUGCCAAGUAAACGGCAGUAAGACCAACGGCAUCGGCAAUGAAGAUCUUAACAACGAGACCAACAAUAACAACACGAACAAUAAUAACAAUACCCACAAUAACAAUAAUCACAACAAUAACAAUAAUAACAACAGUAACAGCAAUGCUACCGAUUGUCCGGAUCCUCAGCAGAGGUUGGCGGUACUGAGUUUCGAACAGGUUCGCCGCCUGAACGACGUGAUGAACGAAGUCGUCAGCAUUCACGGCCGAGGGAACUUCCCCACCUUGGAGGUCCGAUUGAGGGAUCUCGUGACGGUGGUGCGCAGUAAACUAGAAACCGAUCCAAGUAACGGGGGUGCCGGCAUGAGGGUACGCGACAUUCGGCUGAACGGUGGCGCCGCUUCCCACGUGCUGGCCACCGAGUCCCAGCCGUACAACGACCUGGACCUUAUCUUCGCGGUCGAGCUGUCCAGCGGCCGUAAUUACGACAAGGUCAAGGCCGCAGUGCUCGGCUCCCUGUUCGACUUGCUGCCGGAAGGUGUGAGCCGCAAACGCAUCACCACCUGCAGUCUGAAGGAGGCUUACGUAAGCAAGAUGGUGAAAGUGAACAACGACGGCGAUCGGUGGUCCCUGAUCUCCCUCGGCAACUCCCGGGGCCACCGAAACGUCGAGCUCAAGUUCGUCGACUCGAUGAGACGGCAAUUUGAAUUCUCCGUUGACUCCUUUCAAAUCGUUCUCGAUUCCUUGCUGCUGUUCUACGAGUGCAGCAAGCUGCCAAUCGCCGAGAACUUCUACCCGACCGUGGUUGGUGAGUCCGUCUACGGUGAUUUUCAGGAAGCGCUCUAUCAUCUGCACAAGAAGCUCAUCUCGACGAGGCAUCCUGAAGAGAUACGCGGCGGUGGCCUACUCAAAUAUUGCAACCUAUUGGUGAAGAUGUACAAACCGUCUCAGCCGGAUUACAUCAAGACGCUCGAACGAUAUAUGUGUUCGAGAUUCUUCAUUGAUUUCCCGGACAUAGGACAACAGCGCUCCAAACUUGAGAACUACUUGUGGAAUCAUUUCGUUGGGCCCGAGGAGGAGACCCUCAAAUAUCAGUACCUGAUGCUGCUGCAUAGCGUUGUCGAGGAGUCUACCGUGUGCCUGAUGGGCCACGAGCGACGGCAGACACUCGCAUUGAUUCAAAACCUUGCCUACCAGGUGCUCUGCCAGGAGCAGCAGCAGCGAUUGACGAGUCAUCAGCAGGCGCCGCAAGGUCCGCCUGCCACCUACGUCUACGCUAACGGUUAUUACUACGCGCCCGUGAUACCCACGACAGCAUGCUAUACGUGCACCUGCAACUGGAUGGCGUGUUCCUCGUGAUGCGACGAUAUCGGUGAUAACGUCGUAUCCGUAGACGUCGCCACCACUACCACCACGAUCACUGAUUGUUGCUGCUUUAAUCGACUUACAAGUUGUAGUCAUCACGUCGAUUCUUACAGCCAUUGGUAUCAAAGAUACCAAUUGAGAGAUUGCGAAUUCUGUUGCCUCUGCUCUUACGGCCUCUACUGUCCUUUCGAAGAUCCUGAAGACUUUUGUUGCGCUUGUGAUCCUUGCGAAGUGUCUAAAAAUGUGAAGACAGAUAUCGAUCAUUCCGUGUCCGACGUCAAAGAAUCUAAGCUCCUUAGUUGACGUUCGUCGGGGUGAUGUGAGCUUGGGUGCAGGAACGGUAUACGAAAAAAGUCAUCUCUUCGGCAUCGAGGAUGAACGCCUGCAAAUGCAGUAACAACAGAAUCGUGAAUCGAAAAGCGGCGUAUUUGGACGAUGAACGUAUGAUAUCGUCGAUGAUAUGAAAAACGGUAGGCAGGUAUGGAACACGAAGCACUCUUAUCGCGAGUCUCCCGCCUUCCGUCGCGAGUGCUGCUCUUUCUAAGCAUUCGUAAACGUAUAUAAAUUCGGUGGUGGUCACUGCAGCAGAAUUAGGACCGAACGCUGGUACCGGCUACAGUUGCGGUGUAAAACAACCAAAAGACUAUAAA